AAAAGCUCUCUUCUAUUAGGCUCACUAUUGCUAAUUAUCAAGCUUGAAUUGUGACUCAACAUGGCACAACUCAACUUCACAUUGUUGGUCAUUUUUCUCUCUCUCAUCUAUUCAACUCUUGCCACCCCAAUUGAGCCAUCAUCAUUGGCAAGGCAAAAAAACUCUCAAACAAUGACCUACAUAGAGUCCUCUUGUAAUGGCACCCUCUACCCUAAUCUUUGUAUUCGUUGUCUGGCCCAAUAUGUCAAAUCUACCGUAAACAGUCCACAACACUUAGCCCAAUAUGCAUUAUUAGCAAGCCUCUCUAGAGCAGUGCACACAAGAGGAUAUCUUUUGAAAGUUGCCAAGGAACUUAAAUCCAUCAAGAACAACAAAAGAGAAUACCUAAUUGUUCAAGAUUGUGUGAACCAAAUCACUGAUAGUGUGAACCAACUUAGCCAAGCCAUGAAAGAACUACGCAGGUUGAACAAACGUGGGUCCACCAUCAAUGAUGACAUGUUGUGGCACAUAAGCAAUAUUGAGACAUGGGUGAGCACUGCCUUAACAGAUGCUAGUAGUUGUGUGUACUCAUUUCCUGGCCAUAGGAUGAGUAAAAGAACAGCUGCUAUUAAGGUUAAGGCCAUGAAUGUAGCGGAACAUACUAGUAAUGCAUUUUUCUUGUUUCAAAGAUAUGCAUCUAGGUAUCGGAAAGAAGCAACCAUAACCACCAACAAGCCCUAGAUGCUAAUAAGAUGUA